GGCUAUAAAAACAACUAGUGAUCAAGCCAAAACUAUCAGUUACUGAAAUCACAACAAUCCAAUAACAAACUAUCAAUAUGAAGUUCCUUCCUUGCUUUUUAGUCCUGGCUGUCUUCCUUUUUGUGGAUCAAACUCAAGCGCAAUGCCCGAAUGCGCCACGUGUUUACAGCUGUACACCCCCUGCUGAUAGCGGUAGAAGCGGCAGCAAUUGCAUUGGUGGCACCCGAUGGUAUUACAGUACGGUCACUAGGAGUUGUACCAGCUUCCGUUAUAAUGGUUGCGGCGGUAAUGCGAACCGUUAUUGCUCAUUGGGCGCCUGUCAACAGAGAUGUAUGCGUAGUGGUUGAGAGCUCAGAUUGAUAAUUUUGUUUUUAAUCCAAAUACGUUUAUAACAAUAAAUCAAUAUGUACAUAUAUCAAGAAAA